AGUAGUCAAAAGUCGAUCAGUCACAAGAGAGGGUGGAACGAUGGGCCUCUUUGACACCAAGCACAGCGAUGAGCUCAAACUAUGGCUCGUCAAGGAGCUGGAGCCGAUCUGUGAUGCGGACCCAGAGGUGCUGUCGGACUACGUCUUGGCGCUGCUGAAGCACGAUGCGAGUGAGGGAGACAUCGAAAAGAUGCUGGCAGAGCAGCUCGACGACUUCCUUGGCGAGAGCACCGCGAGCUUUGUCAAGAAGGCGCUGGACGCUCUGAGAAACAGCACCUAUCUUCCCGAAUCCAAGAGACCUGUUGAGAGUGCUGCUCCGUCGAGGAAGAGAAGUGCAGAGGAUGAGGGCAGGCGGUCACCGCCCAAGUCAUCCCGGCCAGCCGAGGGUUCGUCGCCACAAGAUCAGCACAACUCAGCGGCAGGACCUUCUUCGCUGGGCCAUCAUGAGCGAGGGUCCGGCAGCCCGGGGCCGCGAGACUAUCAGAACAGGAAUCGCAGACCGAAAGAUCCUUGUCGAGACUACCAUCUGAAGGGCUUCUGUCCGCGGGGCAACGAGUGCAGAUGGGACCACUCGCCUCAGGCUGGCGCAAAGCUGGCAGCAGCCAACGGGUUCCCGGUGAUGGCUCAAAUGCCAGGGUUUGCAGCGGGACAGCCCGGGAUGGGGAGAGGACAGCAAGCAUUCAUGGCGCGCCCUCCAUUCGCUGGGCAGGGUCCGGUCCCGCCGCAAUUUAUGGGCAUGCCCUCGCAAGGAUGGGGUGCUGCACCCCAAGGAUCGCCACCGGAGGGUGUACCACCGUAUGUGCCACACCAGCAGCCGCUCACCAACGGCGCUCCGGGCGACGCGCCCAGCUUGGCUUUGCGGAUGGGUGCCCAACAGCCUGAUCCGCAAGUCCAUGAACAGAACGGAGCUGGCGGCUUCCCCCAAACCUCUGGCCUUCCGGGAUUCCGUGGAGGGAUGCGUGGUGGUGCGCGGGGUGGGAGAGGAGGCGCUGGUGGUGGACGAGGUGGGGGCUUUGGCACAUUCGGAAGCCAAGCCCGGUCCUCUACGACUCUCGUCAUUGAAAACGUGCCUCAAGAUUCGCUCGACCUCAUCAAGAUCAACGACUAUUUCAAGAAGUUCGGUACAAUCACCAAUAUCCAGAUUGAUGCGCCAAGCGCAAAGGCGCUCGUCAGCUACAGCCAGCCAUCGGAAGCGAAGACAGCACACAGCAGCCCAGACGUCAUCUUUGGUAAUCGGUUCGUAAAAGUGUACUUUCAAAAGCUCGAUGAGGGGACAAAUGGGGCCGGUGGAAGUCCGUCGUCGAAGCCCAGCGUUGUGGCUCCGCCUCCCAAGUCCAACUUUAUUCCGGGCAAAACUUCGAAUGUGUACCAUGCCAAACCGCCGGUCGCUGCAUCGACUGCCUCGGCCGAAUAUCACACCAAAGCCCUAGAGGCCCAAAAGGCCGCGCAGGCCAAGCUCGAUGGCCUCAUGGCGGAGCAGAAGGAAGUGAUGACGAAGGUCACGAGCGGGACGGCCGAGGAGAAGAAGCAGGGCAUGGCCCGCUUCAAGGCGCUCGAUGGCGAAGUCAAGCUGGCGGCCGAGGAGGUGCGCAAGGCUGUCAAGGAAGUCCAGUCGACAUCAGCGGCAGCCGCUGGUCAAGGGCCCGACUCUGGAAAGUGGAAGGAGCAGAGAGAGGCAAAGGAGCGGCAGCGACUCGAUCGGGAGCUGGAGAUGCACAGCAAGGGAGGCAAUGGAAACGGGACAACGGAGGAGCUCAAGGCUACGCUGGCAAGGCUGCAGGCAGAGGCUGCUUCCAUGGGCAUCGAUCCGGCCUCGCCGUCGGCUCCGACGCUCAGUGGCGGCGCAUACAGAGGAAGGGGAAGAGGCAGGGGAGCAUAUUCGAGCUACAGAGGAGGACGCGGUGGUCCGCCAGGCCGCAUGUCGCUGGACAACCGAACGACGAAGCUACGCAUUACCGAUCUGCCUGCCGAGUCCGAAGAGCAAAGAAACAAGGCACAGGAGUGGUUCAAGCAAUUCGGAGAGGUAGCCGAAUUCAGCCAGGGUGGCUUCGAGGGCGAACCAAAUGAUGUCCUGGUCGUGUACAAGGUCCGAGCCAAUGCAGAGGCGGCCCUGAGGUCUGGCCUAAGCAUUCCAGAUGUAGGCCAGGUCAAGGCGAGCUGGUACACAGCGCCCACCGCGUCAAAUAGCGCUACUGCGAUCACGGCCGCUGGUGGUGCUGCGACGGCAUCUACGGCAGAGGAGGAAACAGAAGCGGGGCACGACGACGACGAUGGGUAUGAUGGAGGUGAAGGCGACGAGGACAAGGACGAUCACUUUAGACGAUGAGCGCUGGUGCUCUUGUGUAGUUGUAUCUAAUCAGGCCCCCCUCCCGUUUUUGGCAUGCUUUACUCAAAACUAUAUCUGCUCUUUCCUUUGAAGAGUGGACUGGACCGCUCGCUUUAUCCAUCAAAUCAAUGUG